AUGAUUACCGGUAAGGAUAUGUACGAUGUUUUCGCUGCGAUUGUACCGUUAUAUGUUGCUAUGAUAUUAGCAUAUGGUUCAGUUCGUUGGUGGAAAAUCUUCACACCAGAUCAAUGUUCUGGUAUAAACCGCUUCGUGGCGGUUUUCGCAGUUCCGUUACUAUCUUUCCAUUUUAUAUCUUCCAAUGAUCCUUAUGCUAUGAAUUACCAUUUCAUAUUAGCUGAUUCACUUCAAAAAGUAGUUAUUCUUGCUGCACUUUUUCUAUGGAACAUGUUCACAAAAAACCAAGAUAGUCUUGAUUGGACUAUUACACUUUUCUCACUUUCAACUCUUCCUAACACACUUGUUAUGGGAAUCCCUCUUUUAACAGCUAUGUAUGGCGAUUUCUCAGGAAAUCUCAUGGUACAAAUUGUUGUUCUGCAAAGCGUUAUUUGGUAUACUCUUAUGCUUUUCUUGUUUGAAUAUAGAGCUGCUAAACUACUCAUUACAGAACAGUUUCCUGAAACUGCAGCUUCUAUAACAUCAUUCAAAGUUGAUUCUGAUGUUGUUUCGCUCAACGGUAGAGAACCGCUUCAAACCGAUGCUGAGAUAGGUGAAGAUGGUAAACUUCAUGUUGUUGUUAGAAGAUCAACUACUAACUCUAUGGUAUCUGGAUCAUUCAACAAAUCUCAUGUACACAACAUGACACCACGUGCUUCGAAUCUAACCGGCGUUGAGAUAUAUUCAGUUCAAUCAUCAAGAGAACCAACGCCAAGAGCUUCUAGCUUUAACCAAACUGAUUUCUAUGCAAUGUUUCAAAGUAAAGCGCCGAGUCCAAAACACGGUUACACAAAUAGUUUUCAGAGUAAUGGUGAUGUUUAUUCUAUGCAAUCUUCGAAAGGAGGGACGCCGAGGACUUCGAACUUCGAAGACGAGACGCUGAAGAUGAAUAAGAAGAGAGGAGGUAGAAGUAUGAGUGGUGAGUUGUUUAAUAUUAAUAAUGGUUCUUACCCUCCUCCAAAUCCAAUGCUUUAUGGUUCUACAAGUACUGGAAGAAAGAAGAAAGAUAGCAUUGGUGGUGGACCUAAUAACAAAGAGUUACACAUGUUUGUUUGGAGUUCAAGUACUUCACCAGUUUCUGAAGGGAAUCUUAAACAUGCUGUUAAUAAAGCUCCUUCUACUGAUUUGGGAACCAUUGAUCCUUCAAAAUAUGUUCCACAUGGAAAUACUGUUUCAUCAAAAGGUGUUAAUGAAUUGAUUGAGAACAUGAGUCCUAGAGAAAGGGAUAUUGAACUUGAUGAAGGAACAAAGUCUCCAUAUAUUAGCCAGCAUAAGAAAAUGGACUUUGAAGGAGAGAAUGUAAACAAAAACAAACAAAUGCCACCAGCUAGUGUGAUGACAAGGCUCAUUCUCAUCAUGGUUUGGAGAAAACUCAUUAGAAAUCCUAAUACCUAUUCAAGUCUUUUAGGCCUUAUUUGGUCUCUAGUAUCAUUCAGGUGGCACAUUGAAAUGCCGUCGAUCGUAAAAGGUUCUAUCUCGAUACUAUCAGAUGCCGGACUUGGAAUGGCCAUGUUUAGUUUAGGUUUGUUCAUGGCAUUACAGCCUAAGUUGAUUGCUUGUGGAAAAAGAGUUGCAACAUUUUCAAUGGCGGUUAGGUUCUUAACCGGACCAGCUGUGAUCGCGGCGACCUCAAUCACUGUCGGUAUCCGUGGAGCUCUCUUACAUGUUGCAAUUGUUCAGGCUGCACUUCCUCAAGGUAUUGUUCCAUUUGUGUUCGCCAAAGAAUACAAUCUUCAUCCGGAUAUACUUAGUACUGCGGUUAUAUUUGGAAUGUUGAUUGCAUUGCCUAUAACAAUACUCUACUAUGUGAUUCUUGGAGUAUAG